CGCAUCGCCGAUCGAGGUGCGGUAUGCGGUGGGCGCUCCUCACGACCCGCUCGACCCGGACCCGCCGAGCAUGCCCAGCCGCCAGCUACUGUGGGUUCGAAUCCGCGAGCCAAUCACGAAGGCUCCCGGCUUGGACGCGGCCUGCGCCGCGUACAUCUCGGACCAGCCUCUCCUGCUCACGGCGUUGCGGCCCCAUCGGAUCUCCUUCCCAUCGCCCAAGCUGGGCGCGCUCGCGACGCUGGACCACUCGAUGUGGUUCCACGGCCCUUUCGACGCCGAUGACUGGCUCCUCUACGACAUGCACGCGCCCUUUGCAGGGUCCGGCAGGGCCCUCUGCUUUGGCCACCUCUACCGCCCAGACACAGGACAGCUCGUCGCCUCGUGCGCCCAGCAGGGCGUGCUGCGCCUUGCCAAGCCGACGCUGAAAAACAAGGCGGCGCUCUUCGCGAUGAGGGGGGCGGGGCUGCUCGACCGCUUGCGCGCGGCGGCCCUCGGCUGGACGUCGGGCGGUGAGCGAGGGGCGGGGGGCCACGGAUAGCCAAAACCAAAAAGUGUCAAAUCCGCU